AUGGAUGUCGUCAUCAAUCCUUAUCUAAUCCUGUUCAUACACAGUUAUCAGCAAUUCAUUCAUUCUCCCGUUCACUACUUCUUCGGACGGCAGGGGUUUGGUCUUGUCCAGGCCCUUGUGAUGCCAAGGAAAUUCCAAGGCGAGAACUCCAAGGCAGCCACAGCCAAAGCCCGCAAAGCUGAGGCCAAGGCAGAGGUUGAUGCACACAAGAAGAAGGCUGAGGAGGAUGCUCUGUGGCAGGAAACAGACAAACAUGCACUGAAGAAGGGUCAGAGGAAGGAUGACAAAGAGAAAAAGAGACUGGAACUUCUGGAGAGAAAAAAGGAGAACCAGCGGCUUCUGGAUGAGGAAGCUUCUAAAAUCAAAGGAAAAUCUCCAAAUGAGGACGACGUAGCCACAUGGAAAGUGACCCGGGCCCAGAUCGAACAAACUCUGCAGAACGAGCAGAAGCAGCAGCGACAGGAUCCACCCAGAGAAAAGACACGUCUGGAAACUCCCCUGGAAGAGAACGUGAAUAGAAUCUUUGCAGAGGAAGGAAGUGUGGAAGCGAGAAGUAUAGAAGACGCCAUUGCAGCGCUGAGCACCGGAGGAGAGGAUCUGGACCGACACCCGGAGCGCAGAGUGAAAGCAGCAUUUGCCGCCUUUGAGGAAGUCCACAUGCCUCGUUUAAAGAAGGAAAACCCCAACAUGAGGUUGUCGCAGCUCAAGCAGCAGCUGAAAAAGGAGUGGACAAAAUCUCCAGAGAAUCCCCUCAACCAACACUUUGCGGCCUUCAAUUCAAAACUUCGAGAGGACUUCGGACUGAUUCAGUGCUAUGCCUUUGUGAUGAGGUUGAUUCUGGUCAAACCCACAAACGCCACUCGCCGCCUGGACUCCACUGGGGAAGUCUACCACGAGCCGGACGAUGAGCGCUUCCACUCUGAGGGCCCUUCUCCUCCAGCCAGAGCCGCAGAAGCCAAGUGCGAUGGCUUCUCCGGGACUCCCAUCCAAGUGGAAGAUGGAGCAGGCCCUCAGAGCAAUCAUCAAGAAGACUGGACGAAGCAUCACUCGACGUCAAAAGAUCGAGGACAAAACAUGUACAACAUUCCAAUAGACAUGUCAACGCCGGAGCCCAAGUGGAGGGAUAUGUUUGGAACUGGCACUUUGUUAGUCCAGCAAUGUAAGAAGCAGGGUUUGCAUUGUUUAAGUGGCGGAGAGGACUUUUGCAAAGAUUCUGAUGAUCCAGCGGCCGACUUUUAUCAAGGAACUGCUAAAGAACAAAGAUUGGAUUCACCGGACGUCAACAAAAGUGUCCAGUCCCUGUUCAGCGCCCAGUUUAGUUCACUGGAGAGACAGAGUUUGAUCUUUGAAGGGGAGAGGAACAAGACAUCACAGGGAAAUUCUCAUCAUCUUUGUGGCUCCAAAAUGAAGCAUGGUGCCUCGAGCCCCGACACAGACGCUAGAGAGAGAGUGAACGGUGAAGCAGGGCGUUCUCCGAGCAGCCGGGCCACUGUGAGGUCCAGUCUGGCUGACCUGUUCCCCGCUCCCCAGCCGCUUCAGCUGCUGCACGACGCCUUGUCCAAAGUGAUCCAGGACGACUCCAGUAAAGCCCACAGUGAGUCCCAGAUGAGAGAGGAGCCGGACAUCCCCCAAAAGAAGCCCAGAGACAUCAGCUACAGACUGGGCCAAAGGAAAGCUCUGUUUGGGAAACGCAAGCAGCUCAGUGACUAUGCCUUAAUCUGUGGUAUGUUCGGGAUCCUGGUUAUGGUGAUAGAAACGGAGCUGUCCAGAGGGGUCUACACCAAGGACUCUAGAUAUUCCUUCGCCCUCAAAGGCCUCAUCAGUUUUUCUACAGCUGUUCUUCUGGUCCUCAUCGUGAUGUACCAUGCUCGGGAAAUUCAGCUCUUCAUGGUGGACAAUGGAGCAGACGACUGGAGGAUUGCGAUGACCGUGGAGAGGGUCCUGUUUGUUGGUCUGGAGCUGGGGGUGUGUGCGGUCCACCCCAUCCCGGGUCAGUACGUGUUCACCUGGACCAAUCGAUUAACCUUCAGCCACACAGGGUCUGUGGGGGACGCAGACGUGGACAUCAUUCUCUCGGUGCCCAUGUUCCUCCGCCUGUACCUGAUUGGUCGGGUCAUGCUCCUGCACAGUAAGCUCUUCACGGACGCCUCCUCGCGCAGUAUCGGGGCGCUCAACAAAAUCAGCUUCGACACCAGGUUCGUCAUGAAGACCCUGAUGACCAUCUGUCCCGGCACGGUCCUGCUGGUCUUCAGUGUGACCUGUUGGAUCAUCGCUGCAUGGACAGUCAGAGUUUGUGAGAGGUACCAUGAUGCACAGGAAGUAACCAGUACUUUCCUUGGAGCAAUGUGGUUAAUCUCAAUCACAUUUUUGUCUAUUGGUUAUGGUGACAUGGUCCCUCACACCUACUGUGGUAAAGGGGUUUGUCUUUUAACUGGAAUAAUGGGGGCGGGAUGCACUGCUUUGGUCGUUGCAGUUGUUGCAAGGAAAUCUGAAUUGACCAGAGCUGAAAAACAUGUUCAUAAUUUCAUGAUGGACACUCAGCUUUACAAAAAGAUAAAAAACACAGCUGCCAAUGUUUUGAGGGAGACUUGGCUCAUCUAUAAAAACACCAAACUGGCAAAGAAAAUGGAUCAUGCAAAGGUACGGCAUCAUCAGCGCAAAUUCCUCCAAGCUAUUCACCAACUACGGCGUGUCAAAAUGGAACAACGAAAACUGACUGAUCAGGCAAAUACUGUUGCAGAUCUAGCCAAGACACAAAAUAUGAUGUAUGAUUUACUGUCAGAACUGCAGCAUAGAAGUGAGGAGCUGGAUCCAAGGGUCGCAGCUCUAGAAGAAAAACUGGACUCUAUGCUUGUGUCAGUGCAGUCUCUUCCCACAGCGAUCACACAAGCAAUGAGCAAGUUACAGACGGAUUUCCUGGAGGAUCUCGCCUGCCGGGUCCACUUCUUCUCAUCAUCUCUGAGCACCGAGAGCUGCACAGUCCCCGUGAGACAGCUCUGCCCAGGCCCCACCACAUCAGACAUACAGACCACAUAA